UGUGGCCCGAUAAUUAUCUACGUCAUUGUCUAAAUAACAAAUAUUUGAUGAAUAUUAUCUCGAGUAAUGAAUUUUUUGUGAUAAGAAACUAAAUUCAAGCUCUGAGUUCAGUUUGUCUAAUCACCCGGUGCAUAGAAGACCUGAAAAACCGGUUUUUAAUUUUAUUUGGGCGCUUUUAUGACACUAUGUUGGCUCAAAAGUUUCGUACAGUACUUGUGAGUGUUUAGUUUGCGGCUAUUUACACAUAUAUAUACACACCGACGUGCAUUAUCGCUUCGAGGCAUUUGUUCGAAUCGCUGCCGGUUGAUAUGCCCAGUCCCGAAGCCGAAUCCCGGUUAAGAGAAUCAUUGUGAGAGACCAACAGUUUACAUUCCUUAAAUAUUUUUUAAAUUUCGGGAGAAAUUAGCAGAGUGAGGGUGGCAGAUUUUUGGAUUUUUGAAUUUUAAAAUAUAAAAUAUGAGAGUUUAAGAGAAAUACUGGGGUUCAUUGACUGAAUAAUUAAUCAUGGCCGGUUACGUAAGAUUCAUGUUCGCAAUAAUGCUGUGCAUCGCGAACAUGAUAAUAUACGGACUAAAAGUAAACAUAUCAACAACAAUAAUCGGGAUGGUUAAACCACGGAAAGUAGUUCAAGGAUCAAACGAUACUUACUACGAGUGUAGCUUCGACGACACCCCUAACUCCACAAUCCAAACUCCAGACCCAAGCACAGUAAUCUACUUCGAGGAUCAGUAUGAAUGGACAUCAACGCAGCAAGGACUGAUAAUCAGCCUGUACUUUGCAGGGUACAUGCUUGGGAUGUUUCCAGCUGGAUACUUUGCCGACAGGUUCAACACAAAGUGGGUCCUUCUAGUCUCAGUCUUAUCAAACUCAAUCCUAACUCUGAUAGUCCCAAUAGCAGCCAGGUCAAUCUCAAUGCUAUUACUACUACGAUUCAUGGCUGGAUUGGUGAGCGCAGCGAAUCUUCCUGUGGUGAACGUUCUGGUUGGCAAGUGGAUGGUCUACGAGGAGAAGAGCACCUGGGUAGCCAUCAUCAACGCAGGAACUUCUUUAGGCACCGUCAUUUCAAUCCUAUCCGCCGGACUGAUUAUGCAUGACAUGGGCUGGAAACCUGUCUUCUACAUCCACGGAAUCCUGCCUCUAGUCUGGUGCGCAGUCUUUGCCGUGUUCUUCGCGGAUAACCCAGAAACCCAGAAGCUGAUCAGCGAGGAAGAAAGACAACUGAUUGUCAAUUCUUACGGGCAUAGACACACCAGAAAAGAGAAGAUUGCAGUUCCUUGGAAGGAAAUCUUCUCCUCUAAGCCCUUCUGGGCUCUAGUGGUGACAAACUGCUUGGGGAACUUCUGUUGGUACUUCCUGUUGACACAACUGCCGCUUUAUAUGAAUAAGAUGCUCAGGUUUGAUAUUAAGAAGAAUGCAAUGCUAAGCUGCUCGCCGUACCUAAUAAAUGCAGUAGUAAACCCUUUAUUGGGCAAAAUCCUGGACAUUGGGCGCCAGAGUGGUUACUGGUCACAAACAACUGGCCGGAAGAUCGCCGUUGGGAUAAGCUGCAUUCCACCCAGUAUAAUGCUGAUCAUCAUUGCCUACAUCGGGUGUGACCGGACGACGUCAACGGCUCUGCUAAUUAUCAGUAUUGUGAUCAGCGGAGCGAUUUUCGUAGGACAUCUUACGAAUCAGAACGACCUGGCUCCGAACUACGCCGGAAUUCUGAUGGGAAUCACCAAUACUCCGGGGACUAUUUCUGCGUUUGUUUUGCCAGCUUUGGUUGGAGCUUUGACUGAAGGCGGACACACAUUUCAAAGAUGGAGGUACAUCUUUUGGAUCAACGUCGUCGCACAAUUGCUGGCGUUUGUUGUUUUUGUGACCUUCGGAUCCGCUAAGAUUCAAAGCUGGAACUAUCCUGCGAGUCAGCCGUCAGAAAAUAGAAAAAAGCACAGCAGUGAUGAAGAAGAGGUAAAUGUGGUGAAGAUUUAAAGGAGUUACUUUGGACGGUUUUAAAAAUGGUUUUUGCACUUGACCACUGGCAGUAGCACCAGCGCCAGGCGUCACCCAGUAAAACUGUUCUCUUAUUAAAUCCCAGGAUUUAUCGCCGCAAUAACGAUCUGUGGUUUGAAACAAAACUUUAGCUCCCUUUUAUAUAUAUUUGCCAACGGCCGCUGAUUCAGCGGAAUUUGAAAGAGCUCAAUAAGCUCUCUACUCCAUUUAUUGCUUUUCUUUUUUAUUUAUUUUACGGAAAAAAAUAAACCCUGUGAACACAUAAACAAUUGACAGCUUUCAAUUUGGUUUAGUAUUCGGCUAAUUAAGGAGAUCCACGCGGUCAAAUUUUUAAAACUUGAAAAUU